AUGGACUCGUCAGCGAACGCAGCGCUGCAAGCAACGUCGGAUACAUGUCGCUACGCACUGCACCUCUCCACCGCGAGCUCGACCUGCUCGAGUACAAACUGGAGCUCUUCGUCGGAUCGUCUUCAGGCCGUACAAGCCGAAAUACUCGCCUACGUCCACACCCUAACGCACAACUACAUCUGGCACAAACAACCCUUCCACCUCGAGCCCCAAAUCAAACCAGGGACCUCGUCCUCCCCCCUCUCGACGCUGUCCGGCUCAAGCGACGUCACGGAUGCGAUCGAUGACGAGUGGUUCCUCGUAUGGAUACUACGACAAGUAUCCCUCAAAUUACCCCAGGUCGUGGUUCAAGUCGAGGAUGAUGAUGGGCAGUUCCUGUUGAUCGAAGCCGCGCAGGUCUUGCCCAAAUGGAUCACACCGGAUAAUGCCUUGAACAGGGUCAGUCUCCACAGUGUUUAGCUGACGUGCAGACACCCCAACUGACCUCUGACUCUUCUUUGCAGGUCUGGAUCCAUCAAGGUCGCUUGCAUCUCGUACCCUUGCAACACACCUCGUCGAUCCCGUUCGAUCCCAAGGCUACACCCUCCUUGGAAGACGAUCCUGAAUCUCAAGCCUUCAUCGACCACAUCACCGCCAUCGAAUUGGUCCAGGAUCCCAACGUCGAUACUCUAGCUCCAAAGGAGGUCGAAGAGGUUGUUUGGGCAAGGAUAGAAGGGUAGGUAUUGCGAAUAGCUUACGAUCGGGACUGUUGAGAGCACGGGAGAACUGAAUCUGCCAUGCUCUUUUGUUUUUUUGAUCCCAGCUACCCGGACAAGGUUCAACAACACUUGCACAAGUCACUCGCGUACCUACCCCUUGAUAUUGUUCUCGCAUUGGAGGAUUCACCGUCUUUGAUUGCGGAAGCCGUAGCGGCUUUCUACGAAAGGGAACCCGACACGCUCAAGGUGAGCUCUCCUUCCCCGAUCGGAAGGAACAGGACGUACGUCAGCUGAAUCCUCUCCCCUUCCCUUAGCCAUGCAACACCAUGCACCGAUUUCCACCGACCUCACCCACUCAAGCAUUCCUCGAAAGCGCCCCUACCGAAGCGCCCACCUCUGUCACCACCUCACUCCCCUCCACAACCCUCUACUCGACAACACUGACUAGACCUCUCUAUUCGCAAUUGGUGAUGCAGAGGUUCUUCCCUCCCAAACCUUUUGACAAGGUCGGUUGGGAGAAGGAACCUUUCUUCGGGGAGGGGGAUAAGAGGUGGAGGAACGUGGGGAUGAAGAUUGUAAGUGCCUUUCAAAGGUGUGGAUGGUGGAAAGAGAAAAGGCAACUGAUUCGGUCUGCAUUUGAUCCUCAUCCCCCAGGCAUGUGGUUUCGAAAUGCUCUACGCCUCUUCCUCCAAACACAACCCGAUCACAACCCCCACCCCCGAACCACCUACUCCCUCGGACCGAACAUAUCAAAUCUACCUCACCUCGCUCCAAUCCCAAGGGUUCUUCCACCCCCAUCCACCGGGGAGUGAGGAAUACGAACUACUUGAAUCCCAAGCUCGACAAGCUUAUUCACGAGCCAAAAGAACGUCUUCUCCCUCCUUCGAUUCCGAGAUUUCGGACUUUGGCACUUGCUUCGCCCAACGCGUUGAAGAAGCCAUCUCACGUACUCGAUCGAAAAUACAACGCUUCGGAUCGUCCCGGAUCGAAAAGAAGGUUCUUCGUAAGCGCGUUGAGGAGGAUGUUGUGCGAGAUUGGGGAUUGGAAGAUAGUGAGCAUUGGUUGGGGUUGGAUCAGGAUGGAUUGGAGGAGUUGUUGAGAGGUAAAGGAGGCUUUGAGGGGGAGGAUGAAGAGAUGUUUGGAUCGUUUGAUGAUGAAGACGACGACGAGGAGGAGGAAGAUGGGGAAAGGGAGGAGGGUAAGAUGAAGGUCGAUUUUGAAGAGGUGUCGAUGGAUAAGGAGGAACAGAGAAGGGCGAAGAAGGCGGCGAGGAAGUUGGGGAGGAUGGCGGGACAGGUGGAGAAGUUUCUGGAGGGCAAGGGGUCCGUCCAAGGGGCGACUUUUGAGGAUGAGCAAUCGGAUGAGGACGAUGGGGAGCAUGAGGAUGACGAAGAUGGCGAGGGAGAAGAGGUGGUUAUGAGUGAGGAAGAGAAGAAGAGGAGGUUGGCGAGCUUGGUCAAGGGCUUGGAGGAGAGUGAAUGGGGGGCCAAGACGAUCGAAGAAGAGACACCUUCGAAGGCUGAGGAAGAAUCAAAGGCGAAGGACACUAUCGACGUCCCACCGAAGACCAAUGCAGCCCGAGCACCUCAAUUGACGCGCAACAAAUACGACGGCGCUUCCGAGUCCGACGAUUCCUCCGACGACGAAGAGGAAGGGCAAGAAGGCCUGGGAGGAUCUUUACCGGGUAUGAAUGAGGAUUUGACGGGGAGGGAAGGAGAACAAGGAGAGGAUGCCCCAGCGGUCGAGAUGGAUAUGGAGGAGGAGAUAGACGAGUUUCUCAAGUUCGCGACGGAGACGUUGGGGCUAACUCCGGAGCAGUACGAGGAUAUCCUCAAGGAACGAAAGGGGAGGGGAGGUGAGUGAGACAGAGAAGGUAUGAGGUCCGCGCCAUGACGUGUUAUUGACCUCUUGCCUUUGCUGUCUGUCAUCUCUCAGCCUUCGUCCCAGGGCCGAGUAAAGCCAAAAAAGUCAACCUCAUUCCUUCAUUGCCCGAAGAAGCCUCCUCCAUCUCGAAAGACGGCGCCUCAAAGACCAAAGCGCCCAAACCGACUGUUCCGAACCCACCUUUACGCAAUCCGAACUUAAGCAACUUUGACGCCCUGAUGCAACAAAUGGAUUCCGAACUCGCCAAAGUCAAACGACAGACACACACCGAGCCUUCAAAAUCGUCGGCACCCAAGACGAAAUCGACGCCCAAACCCAAACCUGGUCGUACCACUUCAAAGGAGAAGGACUCUUCACGCAUUGUCAUCGAUUCGGACUCUGACAUGGAUUCCGAAGACGACGUAGGCGAGAUGGACGCCGAACUCGCAACACUCUUCCACCAAAUGAGCGGGACCGACGCCGAACGUGACCCAGGUCCCCUGGAUUUGAACUUGGUGAAGAACUUCCUGGAGAGUUUCCAGAAUCAAGGUGGGUUUGCGGGGCCGGCGGGUACGUUGAGUGGGAGAUUGGGGUACCAGUUGCCGAGGAAGAUGAAGGAUGAUGAUGCGGAAGUUUGA